GCUGUCGGGAUCAUCAUGGAAAAGUUGGCCAUCAACGUCAAACUGACGUUACUCUACUCCAUUCACCUGAUUUUUGCGUCCAACAAUCAGCGAACAGUUGAGGUAGUUUCAAAGCUCCUGACCGAUUCAAAAUGCAGUGGACUCGUAUCCGUUUUUGACGUCGUCCAUGCGCAAAACGAACGCGUCUACACGGACGAUGAGCUCGUCAACACCUUCAUUAAUCAUCAAUCGAAACCUUUCACCAUUUUAGAAAGCUUUAACGGCUCUGUAAUGUCGUUAACCGAAAACUGGAAGAAAGAGCCCGUGUGCCGUAAUGUCGUUAUUUUCGGCCGACAGUCUCGAAAUCUGUCGUCCAUCUAUCGUCAAAUCAAGAGCCAAUUCUUCAUCAACAAAGCGGCCAUCGUAACCCGAUUUUCUCGCCAAGAAGCCACCGACAUUCUGUUCGAUAUUCAAGACGAGAAGGUCUUCGUUUUGCUGGAGAAACUCGGCAAAGAUUUGGAACUCUGCUCUUGGGCGGCUAAUAACAAGACAACGGAGCUCAUCAUCGCCGCCCAUUCCACUGUGAACAAUGAGCUGAUUAAAACUGGAGCCAUCAAUUUAUCUGGAAGACAUUUGACGAUUGGUACGGUGCACAAUCCUCCUGCUGUCAGGAUAGUUCCUCCACUGACACCUGAACAGAAAAAAACGAUCGGAGGAAUCGAACCGUCACUCAUCGAAACGAUCGCCAAUCAUUUGCAAUUCACUUACAACUACGUCGAAGCUUCGCCGAACGAAAUGUGGGGGGAAGUCUACGGUCAUCGAGGUAAUCUCACCAUCACGGGAUUGUUGGGAAUGUUGGCCAGGAAAGAGGUGGACGUCGUCGUCAGCAAUUUCUACGUCAACAACAUCCGAUGGCCUUACGUCAGUUACACUGUCGUCUACAAAUUCAGUUACGAAUCGUUUCUCGUUCCAGCUCCGCAACCCUACGCCAAAUGGAAGGCCGUUUUCUAUUCGUUCACGUUGCCCACUUGGCUGGCAACGAUCGCAUCGGCCGUCGUGGUCAUCGUGAUGCUGCGUCUAGUGGCGGCUGCCUCUUCUUUUCAAUCGGAUUCGCCGUUGCGUAGGUACGACGUCUUCGCUGACUACCCGUUCUGCUGUCUCUACGUCAUCGGCAAUUUGCUGAACGUUCAAGUCCAACCGCAGAGCAUUCUAUCCACUGCCAACAGGAUGUUCCUCAUUUGGUGGCUGUUUGGCACGCUCAUACUCACGACUGGCUACCGUUCGGGACUCAUUUCGUACAUGACGUUUCCGUUCACGCCGGAAGCCAUCGACACGAUCCAACAGCUGGUGGAUAGUCCUUUAAAAAAAGCCAGUUUCAGCGUCUACACGAUAGAGGCGCUGGUGAAUUCUAGUUCAGAGAUAGACAGGACAUUAGGAAGGGAACUGAUCCCGCAUUACAAUUUGACGGGCAUGUUCGUAUCGCUAGAAUCCGGUGCGUGGGCUGUGGAAUCCAAUGUGGACAACCUGUUGUACAUGGCCGCUACGAUGUAUCCGACCACAACGGCCGGACCUAAAGUGCAUCUCAUUAAAGACGCGAUUUUGCCUUCCCGUGUGGCCUUCGGCUUGCAGAAAGAUUCGCAGUUGCAAGUGUACUUUGAUAGGGACAUCCAGUAUCUGAUCGAAGCCGGAAUAGUAGAUCAUCUGAAAUCGGUUUUCGCUAAAAAGAUGGACAAGUGGAACCCGAAAAAAACGAACAGUCGCAUCUCGUUCUCGCUGGACAGUCUGCAAGGAGCGUUUUAUUUGAUCGUCUUUGGUUUUGCAUUGUCUACUUUGAUAUUCGUCGCAGAAGUCGCUGUUAAGAUGUUAAAACGACGACAAAGUAUUAACGAAAUAGCGGGACGUUAA